CUUCGAGCUAGCAGAAUCAUCCCAGUUGCCGUGGAGGUCAUUACUCUUCAUAUUACUUUUUUUUUUUUUUUUCCACUCCUUUUGUUUUCAACCCUAGCUUCUUUUCAUCCAUUGCUCAGUUGUUGAUACGAGAAAUCCCCUCACAAUAAUGUCGGGAGAGAAGCGCCCUGCUCAAGCAGCCUUCGGGUCAUCGAACCAGCUCGUCGUGAAACGCAAGAAGUCCGAUAAUGAGCUUAAUCCUGGUACUUCGGUCGUUAAGAGCUCAGCUCAGAAUGGAUCCUUAAUACAAGCUGUUCCGCGUACUAGCGGGCUAGAUGCUCCCAUUAUGGAGCUUAAUGGUCACUCAGGUGAAGUUUUCUCGGCGCGAUUCGACCCAACUGCGCAACACAUUGCAUCCGGCUCGAUGGACCGGUCUAUUCUGCUCUGGAACACGUACGGUCAAUGUGAAAACUACGGCAUCCUAUCCGGCCAUCGAGGCGCGGUUCUCGACCUGCAAUGGUCACGAGACUCCCGAACAAUAUUCUCCGCGUCGGCGGACAUGACACUUGCUAGUUGGGACCUGGAAACCGGACAACGGAUACGUCGACACGUGGGACACGAAGAAAUCAUCAACUGUCUCGAUAUCAGCAAGAGAGGACAGGAGCUGUUGAUUAGCGCGAGCGAUGAUGGCUGUAUCGGCAUCUGGGACCCUCGCCAAAAGGAUGCGCUUGACUAUUUAGAGACGGAACUCCCAAUCACAGCGGUUGCUCUGUCCGAAGCAGGCAAUGAAAUCUACAGCGGCGGUAUCGAUAACAUGAUCCAUGUCUGGGAUAUACGGAAGAAAGCCAUUGUCUACUCCAUGGCCGGACACACAGACACCAUUACAUCCCUCCAAGUCUCGCCAGACUCGCAAGCACUUCUCUCCAACUCUCACGACUCGACAGUACGCACGUGGGAUAUCCGGCCGUUUGCGCCCACCAACCGCCACGUGCGCACGUACGACGGUGCUCCAGUUGGGCUGGAAAAGAACCUCAUCCGGGCUAGCUGGGACCAGACGGGUGAGAAGAUCGCAACAGGAAGCGGUGACCGGAGUGUUGUCGUCUGGGACGCCAAGACAGGGAAGCUUCUGUACAAGCUUCCUGGUCAAAAGGGUACUGUCAAUGAUGUGCGGUUCUCGCCGAAUAAUGAGCCUAUCAUUGUCUCUGGUUCGUCUGACCGAUCGCUGAUGCUCGGGGAAUUGGGCAAGUGAUCUUCUCUGUAUUUGUACGAUUUAACUCGAAUGAUACCAUACAUUUAAUGAUUAUCAGACGUCAAUAUCUAUCGAUCUGUCACAUCGCAGUUUUCAAAUACUGUCAUUCCCGGCCUUAAUGGCACCCAGUCACCCCUGGAUCUCUGUAUGCAUGCCACUGGCACUGAAAAAUCAAUGUCCAAUCAAUGAGAAGCUGGCCUCUUCAUUACUUCAUUAAUUUCACUUCUG